AUAAUGAUCACAAAUACAUCAGCACAAGUGAACAGAAUACAAGCUUUGUUAGAUAAUUUAAAAAAGGAAAAUGAAGAAUUGAAAACUUCAAAUAAAAAAAUAAAUAAAGAAAAUAAACAAUUUAAAAGUGCAAAUGAUAAAUUAAAGAAAGAAAAUGCUUAA